CAAAGAAGAUCGAUUUACAACGAACACCAAAACCCUAAACAGAGUGUCUAUCGUUGCAAAUCGAUGCCGCUAAUAAUCCAUUCUUCUCCGUCUCCGUAGCUAUGAGACUAUGAGUACGUUGCUCUUCGAUUUGUGGUGAUACGUUGUUUCUUCCAUUGAGCUGAUUUCAUUUAAGGAGAGAAGAGCACGGACACUGUUGGAUAUCAAAUCUAAUUUCCAGAAGAGAUAGGGGAACGAUCCGGAGAUCCUUUAGUCGCACCAUUUCUCUCCUUGAGUUUGAUUUGCUAACAACAUUUCUGGCGUUUCACUUCAAUUUUCUGGUGGUGAGGCGAGUGAGCUGAAUCAUCAAAUAGAGAAGAGCUAAUUUUGGGACAACAUUCUUGAAAAAAGCGAGGGUUCACAGGAUUGCAACCUCCUUUUCUCACGAGGAAGGAAGUCAUGGCCAAGUGUGCACAGUUUGAUGAUGAAGAACUCUACAAGGUGAUUGGUGAAGGAGAUGACAUAUAACUUAUUGCAUAUCAUAUGGAUGAGUGGAUCCAUCCCAGCGAGCAAAUUGCAUCACCGGUCCUAGUGAGAAUGACUCAUGGGCAAUGCUCGAUGAGAUGAUGAAGAACUCGCCAGAUUUUUACCAAGCGCUGCAAAGAAGUAUGAUUUGGAAGGUUGGUUUCCAGCGUCGUGUCCUGUUCCAACUGUACAGAGUACCAAGCUCGAAGACUUGAGAUCAGAUACGGUCAGAAACAAGAACAAUGAGCAGACGAAGCAGUAUGUGCAUAUGCUGACUUCAACUCUUACAGCUACUGAGUUUCGGCAUUCUCAAGAACUACCAGCGAGACUGACGUUUUUGCCCUUCAAGACUAAACCCUUUGUUACCGAGACCAAGGGCAAAAAGUCUUAAUUAAAUGUUUCAGAUGGCGAGAUACUCAGCUCGCACCGUUGAUUUAGCUAAAUCUAUACGAAUCGUUGUGAUUGGUGACAAGGGCACUGGAAAAUCCAGCUUGAUUACCGCUACAGCAACCAAUUCUUUCCCUGACAAUGUCCCUCCUGUUCUCCCUGAUACCAAGCUGCCUUUACAGUUCUUCCCUGAUGGUAUACCCAUCACCCUUGUUGACACUUCCUCAAGGCCGGAAGAUAGGGGCAUGGUUGCCGAGGAAUUGAAGCACGCAGAUGCAGUGGUUUUGACACAUGCCGUUGACCGACCUGAGACUCUCGAAGGUCUGAGUACAUACUGGCUUCCAGAGCUUCGGCGGUUAGAGGUAAAUGUUCCUGUAAUAGUAGCAGGCUGUAAGCUUGACCUCGACAAGAACCAGGUCAGCCUCGAACAAGUGAUGUCACCUAUAAUGCUACAAUUUCCGGAGAUUGAGACUUGUAUCGGAUGUUCUGCCCUGAAGCAAAUCCAGGCACAAGAAGUUUUCUAUUAUGCACAAAAAGCUGUCCUACACCCAACAGCACCUCUGUUUGAUCAAGAAACCCAGACAUUGAAGCCACGGUGUGUAAGGGCCUUGAAGCGUAUCUUUAUACUCUGUGACCAUGAUAAAGAUGGUGCUCUUAGCGAGGCUGAGUUAAACGCAUUUCAGGUCAAGUGCUUUGAUGCACCAUUGCAGCCUAAUGAAAUCGAAGGUAUUAAGAGGGUUGUGCAAGAAAGGUUACCAGAAGGUGUGAAUGAAACAGGAAUGACAGUGACUGGCUUCCUGUUUUUACAUGCACUCUUUAUUGAGAAAGGGAGGCUCGAGACAACUUGGACUGUACUUAGGAAGUUUGGGUAUAACAAUGAUGUAAGACUGGCUGAUGAAUGGCUUCCACCUUCAUUAUUCAAGAGAGCACCUGAUCAGACUGUUGAGUUGACAGAUGUAGCAAUCGAAUUCCUGAAAGGAAUGUAUAUGUUGUUUGAUACCAAUGGGGAUAAUAAUCUGAGACCUCAAGAGAUCGAGGAUUUAUUUUCCACUGCACCUGAGAGUCCUUGGAAUGAAGUUCCAUAUGCGGAUGCGGCAGAGAAAACUGCGCGUGGAGGACUUUCCCUUGACGCUUUCCUGUCACUGUGGUCACUGAUGACAUUAUUAGAACCUGCUCGGAGUGUGGAACAUUUGAUUUGCAUUGGAUUCCAGGGCAAACCAUCUUCUGCCAUCCGUAUUACUAGGAGAAGGCUUUUAGAUCUCAAAAAGAAACGAUGUGAAAGAAAAGUUUUCCAGUGCUUUGUUUUUGGACCCAACAGCGCUGGAAAAUCUGCUUUACUGAAUUGCUUCCUUGGAAGGUCAUAUGCUGAUAACCCGGGAUCAACCACUGACGAGCGGUAUGCAGUGAAUAUGGUCGAUGUACCUGGGAGUGCAAAGAAAACUCUUGUGAUGAGGGAAAUUCCUGAAGGUGGGGCUCAAGGUCUAUUCUCAUCCAAGGAGUCUUUGGCUGCAUGUGACAUAGCUGUUUUCGUGUAUGACAGUUCUGAUGAGUCGUCAUGGAAGCGAGCGACUGAGUUGCUUGUAGAACUUGCAAAUCACGGUGAGGCCACUGGAUAUGAGGUACCUUGCCUUAUGGUUUCAGCGAAAUACGAUAUUGUAUCAUCCCAGAUUUCCAGACAAGCAUCCACUAAGGUGACACAAGAUAUGUGGAUAGACCCUCCGGUAUCCAUCAGCUCGAAACUGGGGGAUCUCAACAACUUAUUCCGCAAAGUUAUAACUGCAGCGCAACAUCCUCAUCUGAGUAUUCCAGAGACCGAAGCAGGAAAAAUCCGCAAACAUCAUUACAACAGGCUUUUCAACCGCUCUCUUAUGGUUGUUUCAAUCGUAGCUGCUGUUUUGGCUGUUGUGCUUGCUGCAUACUUUGCGUAUGUCUCAAGAGAGAGCGCUUCUGACUGAGAAUGAAGAACCCAGUGUUGCAAGGUGCCAACGCUAAACGAAAAUAGCAAGUCUCUUGUUAUGAUCUUAUAUUAGUAGAGCAUUCUUGUUCCUACAACAAUGUAUUUGUAACAAAUCCUUUUGUGUGUACCAGUGAGUUACAAUUUUCUUGCAACUGAA